AAUGGUACAAUUAUGCCAUUGCAUUAUGCUUUCUUAACCCCUCAAGAGUGAAAACAGAAGCAAGAGCACCGAACUCACUGCCCCGGCCGCCGGCGUUAGUCAAUCUCCCACGAGCGCACCUUCUCUCUCUUCAUUGUCAACGCAAGCAAAUCAGUCAACAUGGGAAUGACUCAACGGAUAAGGUCAAGCCUCCCUCUCUUUCGUAGACUCACUUCCCAGAAAUCAAAUCUUCAAACCACGCUUUUCUCCUCCCACAGAAGCUUUGCUACUUCUUCUGCUCCUCUCCCCAAGAAUUACAAUCUCAAGGGAAGAUUAUUGACAGGAGCAACAAUUGGCUUAAUUAUAGCUGGAGGAGCUUAUGUCAGUACAGUAGAUGAAGCAACAUUCUGUGGUUGGUUGUUUUCAGCGACAAAACUUGUGAAUCCAUUCUUUGCCCUGUUAGAUCCAGAAGUUGCUCAUAGAUUGGCUGUCUCUGCUGCUGCACGCGGAUGGGUUCCGAGAGAAAAAAGGCCUGAUCCUUCCAUACUAGGACUGGAAGUCUGGGGAAGAAAGUUCUCCAAUCCUAUUGGUCUUGCUGCUGGAUUUGAUAAAAAUGCCGAGGCUGUUGAUGGUCUGCUUGGUCUAGGUUAUGGCUUCGUAGAAGUUGGCUCUGUAACUCCUGUUCCACAGGAUGGUAAUCCAAAGCCUCGUAUCUUCAGAUUGCGGGAAGAACUUGCGAUCAUCAAUCGUUGUGGCUUUAAUAGUGAGGGUAUACAAGCUGUUGCAAAACGUUUAGGUGCACAGCACGGCAAGAGGAAGUUGGAUGAGACUUCUAGCACUUCCUCAACUGCUAAUGAUGGGGGAAAACCCGGAGGAAAGGCUGGACCAGGGAUUCUUGGUGUCAACCUUGGUAAGAAUAAGACAAGCGAAGAUGCUGCUAAUGACUAUGUACAAGGAGUGCACACAUUAUCACAGUAUGCAGAUUACCUGGUGAUCAAUGUAUCAUCACCAAAUACACCUGGUCUGCGUCAGCUUCAAGGAAGAAAACAACUAAAGGAUCUUGUUAAAAAGGUUCAAGCUGCCCGUGAUGAAAUGCAAUGGGGGGAUGAAGGUCCACCUCCGUUGCUUGUGAAAAUUGCCCCAGAUUUGUCUAAACAGGAUCUCGAAGACAUUGCUGCUGUUGCUCUUGCUCUCCAAGUAGAUGGACUGAUUAUAUCAAAUACGACUAUUUCAAGACCUGACUCCGUCGGCCAGAAUGCUCUUUCCCAGGAAGUCGGAGGUUUAAGUGGGAAGCCUUUGUUUAACAUGUCAACCAGUGUCUUGAAGGAAAUGUAUAUCUUAACAAGGGGGAAGAUUCCUUUAAUAGGCUGCGGUGGUAUUGGCAGUGGUGAAGAGGCGUACAAGAAAAUACGGGCUGGAGCUACACUAGUUCAACUCUACACUGCAUUUGCCUAUGGAGGACCUGCCCUUAUUCCGCGAAUAAAGGCUGAAUUGGCUGAAUGCUUGGAGAGGGAUGGCUACAAGUCGGUCAACGAAGCUGUUGGUGCUGACUGCAUUUAACUUUUUAACGGACAAAACGAGCUGCGAGUUGUGACUUCCUUGGUAUUUAGAAGGGAAAAGCAAGGAAGUUGACUGAGUUGAUGUUGGUGUGAUUUGGAAGGAAGGAACCUCUGAGAUAAGGAAAGAAUUCAACAAGUGAAUGAUUGAAUAUACUGCUCGUAUUUAUUUAUUUAUUUAUAUUUCUCCCCCAUUACGAGUUUGUUUAUCCUUCAACUUUCUUUUUGUUGGGUUUGGGAAGUUUUGCUAUAAAUGAAUUUCGAUGGCAACAUGUAAAGGUUAUUUAUUAAACAGUUACAAUGGGACAAGUCGAUUUGUUGAAAUAUCAAUGAAAAUUUUGACAAAACAACUACCGUAGCUGUUUGUUGUCUUUUGUUCGUACAAUAUGAUCUAUUUUCAACUUGAAAGUCAGAUGACUAGAUUUGAAAUCAUAUUGUUUUUUGUUGGCGGGCAUUCAGAUCCGUACUAAUGUUUAUCAUUACUUAUAUUUACAUGGUUCCACAUGGAGCAUAUGCCUUCAGUGCGAUGUAAAUGUUGUUACGGCCUUGUCAAUCGAAUUUAUAUAAUGA